AUGUUGAGAGCACUGAGGAUCACGUCGCGCAGCAAGCUCUCCAAGCCCUCUGUUUCUACAGGCUUAUUUCUUGUCCGACGCGCAGCAACAGCCGCCCCGGUAGACGCUAAAAAGUCUCUUUUCGCUCCUUUGGACACUUUCCAGCGUCGACAUGUUGGUCCAGACGACACCGAAGUCGCAGACAUGCUCUCCAAACUCGGUUAUCGGUCCAUGGACGAAUUUGUUGGCGACGCCGUCCCCGCCAAGAUCCGCAUCGCAAAUGGUUCUGUAAACGACCAGUCUAUACAACCUCUUAGCGAGUCUGAGCUCAUGGUCCGCGUCCGUCAGCUCGCACAAGAUAACAAAUCUUUUCGGUCGUAUAUUGGCAUGGGAUAUUGGAACGCCGUCGUACCUCCGGUCAUUCUCCGUAACGUCAUGGAAAACCCGGCUUGGUACACCCAGUAUACCCCUUAUCAGCCCGAGAUUGCCCAAGGUCGUCUCGAGUCGUUGGUAAACUAUCAGACCAUGGUCACUUCCCUCACCGGAAUGCACAUUGCAAACGCUUCUUUACUCGACGAGGCCACUGCCGCUGCAGAAGCCAUGGUCAUGUCCUUUGCAAGCUCCUCCCAAAAGAGGAAGACAUUCCUAGUCGACUCUGGAGUCUCACCCCAGACCCUCUCCGUCCUCCAUACCCGCGCCGAAGGCUUUGGUAUCGAGCUCAAGAUUGGCGUCAUUUCAGAGCUUGUAGAGUCUCCAGACGUCCUCUCGUCGACAUGUGGUGUGCUGGUGCAAUACCCCGACGUCGACGGCUCUAUUCGUGACUUUGGUGCGCUCGCGGACAAGGUCCACCAAUCGGGUGCCAUCCUUUCUGUCGCUACGGAUCUCCUGGCCCUCAUGCUCCUCAAGCCUCCUGGAGAGUGGGGUGCGGAUAUCGUCUUCGGAAACUCUGCACGCUUUGGAGUUCCAUCGGGCUAUGGAGGACCACAUGCCGCGUUCUUUGCUGUCAGCGAAAAGCUCAAGCGCAAGAUGCCUGGGCGUUUGAUUGGUCGUAGUCGAGAUGCAGAGGGUAACCCUGCGUACCGACUUGCUCUUCAGACUCGAGAGCAACACAUUCGUCGUGAAAAGGCGACGAGCAACAUUUGCACCAGCCAGGCACUGCUAGCCAACAUGGCAGCAAUGUACGCAGUGUACCAUGGACCAUCAGGCUUGCGGGACAUUGCCGAGCGAGUACACUCCUUCACUAAAACGGUGGCCGCAGCCGUCCAGAAAAUGGGGUACGAGGUCGAGAACAAGACUUUCUUCGACACGCUCUCCAUUGUCACUGAAAAUGCGGAAACCGUGCACGCAGCGGCUGCGCGUGCAGGUAUCAACUUUCGACGAAUCGACGAUACGACCGUCGGCGUCACCCUAGACGAGAGCGUGUCUCCAACCGAUCUUGUAGACAUUAUCAACGUCUUCGCUUCUGCCAUAGACGUGAAACCCAUCACUGCGGAUGCUUUGGAGGUGGUCGAGCAGAAUAUGAUCCCAUCGGAUCUACAGAGGACGUCCGGUGUCUUGCAUCAUCCAGUUUUCAACAAACAUCAUUCGGAAACUGAGAUGCUCCGCUAUAUUCACCACCUGCAGAACAAGGAUCUUUCGCUGGUCCAUGCUAUGAUCCCGCUUGGAAGCUGCACGAUGAAACUGAACAGCACGAGUUCCAUGAUCCCCGUGACCAUGAGCAAGUUUAGCAACGUACACCCCUUUGCACCUCUGGAUCAGGUCGGAGGAUACACGACGAUGCUCAAGGAGCUAGAAGAGGAUUUGUGUAUCAUCACAGGCUUCUCUGCUUGCUCUUUACAACCCAAUUCUGGUGCAGCAGGUGAAUAUGCGGGCCUUUCGGUCAUUCGAGCGUACCAUCGUGCUCGUGGGGACGGUGCUCGUGACAUUUGUCUGAUUCCUGUCAGUGCUCAUGGAACAAACCCUGCAUCGGCAGUCAUGGCUGGCUUCAAGGUCGUCGCCGUCAAAUCACUAUCAGACGGAUCCCUAGACUUGACCGAUCUCAAAGCCAAAGCUGAGAAGCACAAGGAUAACCUUGCUGCGUGCAUGAUCACGUACCCGUCCACCUUUGGUGUCUUCGAGGAGAGCGUCACAGAAGCAUGCCGAAUUGUUCAUGACAAUGGCGGUCAAGUCUAUAUCGACGGCGCGAACCUCAACGCACAAGUCGGCCUGACAAAUCCCCCAACCUGUGGAGGCGAUGUUUGCCAUCUCAACCUUCACAAGACAUUCGCAAUUCCUCACGGCGGUGGUGGUCCUGGUAUGGGCCCAAUCUGCGUCGCCUCUCACCUCGCCCCUUUCCUCCCAACACAUCCUGUGGUGCCCACUGGCGGACCCGAUGCUAUCCAGGCCGUUUCAGCUGCACCAUACGGCAGCGCAUCAAUCUUGCUCAUUUCAUGGGCGUACAUCAAGAUGCUCGGAGGAGAUGGUCUCUCUCACUCUACUGCCGUUGCUCUCCUCAACGCCAACUAUAUCGCCAACCGGCUUAAAGGUCACUAUACGCUCAAGUACAAGAACGCUCAAGGCCGUGUGGCUCACGAGCUCUUGAUUGACCUGGCCGAGUUUGAUAAGGCGGCUGGCCUGAAAGUCAUGGACUUUGCAAAGCGAUUGCAAGACUAUGGCUUCCAUCCGCCCACAUGCUCAUGGCCUAUCCCGACCGCCAUGCUCAUCGAACCCACCGAGUCGGAGACACUUGAAGAACUAGAUCGUUUCUGCGAAGCGAUGAUUCAAAUCCGCGCCGAAGUCGAUGAGAUUGUAUCUGGAAAGCAGCCAAAGGACAACAACGUUCUCAAGAACGCUCCCCAUCCUAUGCACAUUGUGGCAGCAGACACCUGGGACAAGCCUUAUUCUCGUCAAAAGGCGGCAUAUCCUCUCAGUUGGUUGCACCAGCGCAAAUUCUGGCCAACGACUAGUCGCAUUGACGACGCGUAUGGCGAUCUCAACUUGAACUGUGAAUGUCCAACUGUCGAAGAGUUGGCCGAACAUGCGGUCUAA